CAAGGUUAUAGGCGACUUGAUACUGGUAACACGUAUGUUGUGGUACCAUUGGUAGCAGAAACAGCAGAGGAGGAAUUUAAAAAAACUGUCCACAGGAAUGGCACUCUCCAUGCAAAACAACUAGUGAGAGACACUGGCUUUCACGACAACAUAGGUCGUACCAUUAGAAAUGCCGGUGAAAAUUCAGUUGGUAGUAAUGUACCGGUAGAUACCGAAGCAAGCAGCAGUGAUGAGGAGGACGUUGUUGAAGCCGUUAUACCAUGCAGACGGAGCAAUGACCCCGUUGCUGUAUCACAUGAGAGACAGUCUGAAGUUGACGCACAACGGACACAUGACGAUGGUAACCACACGCAGAAUCAAGUGGAGGUCCUUGAGGAGGAUGCUCCUGAUCCAGACCAUGACGACGAACCACUAGCCGGUGGUUGUGCUGAUAAGGAAAGUGCUGUCCCCGCAGUUCAAGCAAAUCUUGCGCUUUCCAAUGACGGUGUAGAUCCUGAACUUUCUGCUGAUGAUGUAGACCCUGGACUUUCUAUGGGUGCUGCAGAUCAUGAGCUUACCACCGACGGUGUAGGUCUUGAACUUUCUACUGAUAGUGUAGAUCCUGAGCUUUCUACUGGAGCUGUAGAUCCAAAGAAGCCUGAGGUUUUACAGGCCAGUACCAGUGGACGCUCAGCAGCAGAGGUGACAGCAGCUAGUGAUACCAACAACUCCCCUCCAGUCAGACAUUAGGGAGCUUAAGCAACAGCGUUGUUGAGCGACGGACGUCAACCGGAAGUGGACUUUUUGUAUCAUUCGGGAGUGUUUUGGUUGAAACUCUCGGGUAAAUCGUCUUUAAAAGAGAAAAGAAACUCAGCAAUACAAAUUUGUUAGCGUCAAGGCAUAUAAAAAGGGAGAAGGCCUCACUUCCGGUUGACGUGCGUCGCUCAAAAACGUCUUUGCUUAAGCUCCCUAUUCUACCCGGGUGGGAGCUGGACAGCACUCUAAUCCUCACCACCUGCCAAGACCUGCGAUGAGGGAAAGCGUGGCAGUGACAGUGACAUACCAACAAAUACUGAACUGUGUAGCACAAUCCAACCUGCUUAUAAUGCAGUUGCUAGCUAAGAAUACUUGGAAA